GAGGGGGCUAGUUGUAGAUGGAAAUGGAAAAGCAGAGGUGGACGAGGAUGAGGAUGGAGGAUGUGGUGAGAAGCGUUUCUACGGCUAUGUUGGUAUUGACUGCUUGUCUCGUGGCCUUGGAUACUCAGACCAAAAUCAUCAUUCUCACCUUCGCCAAAAAGGCUACUUUCACAGACUUGAAUGCCUUAUAUGUUCUAGUAUGGAUUGAUGCAGCUGCAGCUUCUUACAAUCUGAUUCAAUUGCUCAGAAGUUACAUGAUGCCUCGUUUCAGACAACAACAACAACAACAUCAAUUGGUUUCUUGCAAUUAUCUUGCUUGGGCUUGGGCCACUUACUUAUCUGACCAGGCAACAGUAUAUGUAGUAUUUGCAGCAAAUACAGCAGCAACACAGGCGUCGAUACUGGCGAUAACUGGGGAGAAAAGCUUCGGGUGGAUGAAGCUAUGCAACCGCUACACUCGAUUCUGCAUGCAGAUUGGCGGCGCAUUGUUCUGCGGCUAUGUUGCAGUCAUUUUGAUGGCCAUUACUUCAUCCAUAUCUGGAUAUGCCCUAUUCAGACAUUACUCGCCCAAACACUUCCUUAUCCUCAAGAAACAAUGACACUUUAAUUAAUAAUAAUUCCCUCUUCAAGUUGGUUAAUUAAGGAUAUGCGGUUCUAGUAAGUUAUUGAUAUCUGAAAUGUAAAUGUCUACGGACAUACUUACUAAUGGACAUAUAUUUCCAUUACAAGUGUGUUGGUUUUCACAAAUAAAAGCUUUCCUAUUUGCCUUGA